GCGCCCGCGCGAACCCGCUGGCUUGCGAAAGAAGGAGCACCAAAAUUGAACGAAACCUUUGGAGGGAAAGCUCCCGCCAACAUAAAUACCAUUCCACCCAAACCCACUUCUUUCGUCCUUCCAGAAUCCAGACCCGAAAUCAGAUCACCAUAAUUCUUCGAAGCCGCAAGCCCGAAAGGAACCCCAAGAAUCGCCGAGAGAUCCGAAGCGAGGUGGAGAGAUCGAGAUGGCGGACGUGGGGAGCCUCGAGAGGAUGGGCCGGGAGCUCAAGUGCCCCAUCUGCUUGAGCCUGCUCACUUCGGCGGUGUCCAUCACCUGCAAUCACAUCUUCUGCAACGCCUGCCUGACGGAGUCUAAGAAAUCUGCCUCCUGCUGCCCCGUGUGCAAGGUUCCAUUCCACCGGAGAGAAAUACGGCCAGCGCCUCACAUGGAUAAUUUGGUGGCCGUUUUCAAAAGUAUGGAAGCUGCAGCAGGUAUUAGUGUCGUGUCAACACAGCUGACUCCUGCACCCAAAGCUGCAGAGUGUAGUGAGUACACUGCUGGAAAGCCUAGAAGGUCGAAUAAAAAGAAGCUAGCAUCCAAGAAAGAAAAGAAUACAGUCAAAGCUACUGCAAAUUCUGCAUCUUGUUCUACUGCAAAGCCUUCAAUCUCCAAGAACAAAAGAAUACACGUGACACCAUUCCCUGAAUCUGAGACGCCGAUAAGGCCCAAGAAGAUUAUGAAGUCUGACGAGCAAAAACGUAAAGAGGAUAAAGAUAACACACUGAAUUCUGAUAUACCAGAUAACCCUUCAUUGUCACCUUUUUUCUGGCUGAAGGAACAAGAAGAAAACGUAGGUGGCACUGCUGAAACUUUGAGUGAACCACUAUCAUUGGACACAGCCUUGUGUCACAAUGUGCCUACCUUCAGUGAUAUCAAAGAUUCUGAUGAUGAAAUGCCUAAUGAUAUGACUCCUAAUAGCAAAGUUGAGGUUUCAGAAUUAUUCGACAGUGAAAUCUUUGAAUGGAGCCAAAGACCUUGCUCCCCCGAGCUGCGUUCUACCCCACUGAAAAAACAGGGUCAAUCGAAGAAUACUCUAGAUCAAAUCACAGAGGUGGAUGAUGGAGGAUAUAUGAAUCUUGGUGAUUUAUUUGAUAAGUUAGACCAUGAAAGUAAUGUAACUCAACCUGCCAAUGCUGAAGAAGCUAAGAAGAGAAAGUUGGCAAGAGCUAGGAACAGAAAAAACUCAAAACUGCCCAGUCGUGUUAAACUAUGUACAAAAGGAUCUGAUGCUGAGCACCAAGUUAAAAAUAUCCCUGUAAGUAUUGCUGCAAAGCCAAACCAGAAGGACAUCAAUAAAAAAAAGAGAUGUACUUUGAAUGGAGGAAACAAGGUCUCUGGCAACAACACUAAAGUUGUCUUCUCUAGUGAUAAAUAUAUGUAUACAUUUUCCCCUCAAUCAGGCGGGUUGGACAUUGAAGCACCUGAGAACCAGCCUUCAGAAAGGAUCCUCAAAAAGCCUAAAAACAGUCGAAGCAAACUUCACAUAGCAGGGGAUAGUGCAGUGAAGACCGCAAAGAAUAAAUCUGAACAAAGAGUAAAGCAAACCAUAAGAUGUUCUGGGGGUGUUGUAGAUGAAAAUCUAAGAGUUCUUUCUGAGGCUGAAAAUGAAAUAGAAUCGUUUCAGCUUCACAGACUCGCAAAAGGUUGCACCCAACAUAAACCCUUCGAUGAUAGAAGUAAACAAAACAUGGAAUCAAACAUUGGUCCAAAUACACCAAGCAUUUUACCUGGGAGGUGCCAAUUUGAUGAGGCCAUACACACAAUUCCUACAGUGAAGAAUGUCUCUGUUAAGAACGGUAGGGCAAAAUCAAUUGAACAACCAGAUUACCCAGGAUCUAUCAGAUUAUGCACUGCACACAAUACUGCCCUGAAGAAAUGUGAGGGUAAAGCUUCUAAGCUUUCCUGUGCUUUCUGCCAGUCUGAUGAUACCACACAGGAAUCUGGAGAGAUGGUUCACUACCAUAAUGGAAAGCAAGUGCCAGCAGCAUUUGAUGCAGGGGCUGGUGUAGUACAUUGCCACAAAAACUGCCUGGAGUGGGCUCCUGAUGUCUACUUUGAAGAUGACUCUGUCUUUAAUCUUGCAAAUGAGUUGGCUAGAAGUAAAAGAAUCAAAUGUGCUUGCUGUGGAAUUAAAGGUGCUGCACUUGGAUGCUUUGAGACGAGUUGCCGAAAAAGCUUCCAUCUCACCUGUGCUAGAUUAAUCCCAGAGUGCAGAUGGGAUAAUGAAAACUUUGUGAUGCUAUGCCCUUUGCACCAAUCUUCAAAGUUGCCCAGAGAAACUUCUGGGUUUAAAAAUAAGUCGCACAGGAAACUAGCACGAAAAAGUUCAUCUGAAGUAAACACUAGUCAAAGCCAUGAUAAUAAGUGGACAUGGCCAUCUGGAUCACCACCGAAAUGGGUUCUAUGCUGUUCAGCCCUUUCUGCCGCAGAAAAGGGUAUCGUAUCAGAACUCGCAAAAAUAGCUGGUGUGCCAAUCUCAACAAGUUGGAGUCCUAAUGUUACCCAUGUUAUUGCAUCAACCAACAUGUCUGGUUCUUGCAAGCGCACACUGAAGUUUCUGAUGGCAAUCUUGAAUGGCAAAUGGGUUAUCUCCAUGGACUGGGUUAAAACUUGCAUGGAACUUAUGGAACCUGCUGAUGAAAUGAAAUUUGAAGUUUCCACUGAUGUACAUGGGACUGCUGACGGUCCCAGGUUAGGUAGACAACGAGUUAUCAACAAGCAACCUAAAUUAUUCGAUGGCAUUCAAUUCUAUCUCCAUGGAGACUAUACCAAGUCGUACAGAGGCUACCUGCAAGACCUUGUGGUUGCAGCCGGUGGAACUGUCUUGCAGAGGAAGCCCGUGUCAAGAAACCAUCAGAAGUUGCUUGACGAGAGCUCCCUCAUCCUCAUCGUAUACAGCAUCGAGAAUCAGGACAAGGCAAAACCAGGAUCAAGCGAUGGCAUGGAUACUGGUCGUAGCCAAGCUGAUGCUCAGGCUCUGGCCUGUGCCUCUGGUGGCAAAGCUGUGAGCAGCGCAUGGAUCAUCGACUCUAUAGCGGCUUGCAACCUUCGACCUUCCAUGCUACCCUAGAUGUGUACUUGCAUUGCAUGCACGGUAGGUUUGACUAAUGGACAGAAAAAUAGUGUAAGGCCCUGUUUCAAAUCUCUAGAGCUAGUUUUUAGCUAAUAAGUUAUCAAUUGUGUUAAGACAACUAACAACUAUCUGAGAGGUAUCCCGUUCUAAAACUCUCAAGUAACUUUAGCGACUUACUAUCAGUUUUAGAGCUUUUGAACAUAGACUAAGUAGUAGAACGAGACUUAAGUUUCUUGAUGUAUAAACACUAUAUUUUACCAUGCAAUAGUUAAUGCUAUGUUUUUAAUUAAA